AUGGCUGAUCACAAUCACCCUGGAGGAAAUGACGAUAAGGAUUGUGGGAUGUUCGAUUUCUCUAAGAAGAAAGAUGAGGAGAAAUCUCAAGAGGAUGAUGUGGAUCAAGUUGAGAAAGAUGAAAAGCCAGCUCCAAAUGAAACACUUGACCGAUCCCAUAGCCACUCUAGCUCUUCAAGCAAGGAAGAGGAUGAAAACGGGGAGAAGAAAAAGAAGAAGAAGCAGGGGUUGAAGGAAAAGAUAAAGGAGAAAAUCUCUGGUGAAAAGGUAGAAACUACAGAGAACAAAGACUCUUCCAUUGCAGUAGAGAAUUGUGAUGAGAAAGCAACUCAUCAUCCAGAUGAGAAAAAAGGCUUUCUAGAGAAAAUAAAAGAAGAACUUCCUGGCCAGCACAAGAAAGCAGAAGAGGGCAUUGCUCCCGCAGAUUCUGCACAUAAGCAUUCUGCAGAAGGCAAAGAGAAGGAGAAGAAAGGAUUCUUCCAGCAGAUCAAAGAGAAGCUGCCAGGCUCCCAUGCAAAUGAAGAGAAACACAAAGGAGAAUUAAAAUAA